AUAUUAUAAGCAUUGUUUCGUAAUCACAAUGUUUCGUACCGUUGCUUUGCUAAUUUUCGCAGCAUUUCUACUAGCCGAUGCUCGCCUUCAACCAAUUCAUUAUAGAAGCCGUCAUGUUCAUAUUCAUGAGCACAAUCAUCAUCAGCUGAAACGAAUUGAACUGCAUAAACAAACGACAAUAAGAGAGCAGUUAUUCGAAACGGAUUCCUGGGACGAGUAUCUUCAUCGGAGACAUCACCUGCUAAAGAAGCAUUUGCAAUCGAUUGCAAACCAUCAGUUCCGAUCGCUUAGUGCUGGCUCAUCAUCCAAUGAAAUCGAUGAACUGUUAAGAAAUUAUAUGGAUGCACAAUACUAUGGUGUGAUUUCGAUUGGAACUCCUCCUCAGAAUUUCACGGUGAUAUUCGAUACGGGAUCGUCGAACCUUUGGGUACCGUCAAGGAAAUGGUUGCAUCAUAAGUACGAUGCUGCCAAGUCAUCUACGUAUAAAGCGGAUGGUCGCGAACUUCAAAUUCAAUACGGUACUGGCUCAAUGAAGGGGUUCAUAUCGCUCGAUACAGUUUGUGUAUGCACUAUCAUUAUUACCAUUUAUGACAACUGUUAAGACUUUGUAUUUUGGGUGGCGGAAUUGUGCGCACGGGACCAGCCAUUCGCCGAAGCAACGUCUGAGCCAGGCAUAACAUUUGUUGCGGCCAAAUUUGAUGGCAUUCUUGGAAUGGCUUUUCCUGAGAUAGCCGCUCUGAACGUGACACCAGUUUUCAAUACAAUGGUUAAUCAGCAGUUAGUCGCCGAGCCAGUAUUUGCAUUCUGGCUCAACCGUAAUCCAGACGAUGAGAUUGGUGGUGAAAUAACGUUUGGUGGAACAGAUCCGAAACACUUCGUUGAACCAAUCGUCUACGCUCCGGUCACGCGUCGUGCGUAUUGGCAAUUUAAAAUGGAUAAGAUUAGCGGACAGGACGGUACUCUGGCAUGUUCAGAUGGGUGCCAGGCAAUCGCUGAUACCGGAACAUCACUUAUUGCCGGUCCAAAGCAGCAAGUACAGCUGAUCCAGAAAUAUAUUGGUGCAGAACCGCUAUUCUCUGGUGAAUACAUGAUACCAUGCGAUAAAGUGCCAUCAUUACCGGAUGUUUCAUUAGUCAUCGGUGGUAAAACGUUUUCGUUGACAUCGCUCGAUUAUGUUUUGAAUAUCACCAAAGCAGGUAAAUCGAUUUGUCUAUCUGGCUUCAUGGGUAUUGAUCUACCCGAACGUGUUGGCCAACUAUGGAUUCUUGGUGACGUCUUCAUCGGACGCUUUUAUACGGUUUUCGACAUGGGACAAGAACGUGUUGGUUUUGCACAGGCGAAAGAUAACCAUGGGCAUCCGGUUGGUAGACAAGUCAAACAAUACACAUCGUAUGAUUACGAUGAUGCAAGUGCGGAGUGACGCUUGAUAGAUUGGUUAUUAAGGAAGGUUAACAAAAUUAUGAUGUUGAUAACGACAAUUAUUUUGAUUCUUGUCGUCCUCAUUGUUCGAUUAGCUAUCAUAUGAAAUCCUUAUUUCUAACGCUAAAAAACCAAUCACUCUGUUUUGACUCAUAAAAUCUCUCGCUUUCCAAGUACUAUGAACACGUCAUCGUUAAUUUAAAAAUAAUUUUGUUCUGUACUUCACAUCAAUAUUUGGUCUGUUUUUUUUGUCUGAGUGUAUUUCAUUCGUUCUAUGAUCAAUUUUUGCGCAAUCAAAGGCUUCGUUUAUGCAUUUAUUUAUCCAUGAAUAAAUGUUUAGUUGUUUAU